AUGAGCACCAGCUCGCGCCAACGCUCUGCGACCAGAUCUGAUACCCACGACCGAAAUUCGAGCCCAUUCCCAUCUGUGCCUCGAUCCAGAGACGAGAUACACAAUCUCGACGGCUUCGUCUUCAACGUCAACGAUUUGCCCACCCAUACCUCGUCCACCUCGACAACACCAAAGAUCCUGUCCUUAAACCUCAACGGUAACGGCGCUCUCUCGCCGUAUCCUCAGCCGAGGAACUCCAACUUUCUCUCCGCCGGCGGUCUUCGCCCAAGGGCCUCGACUGCGAGCUCCGUUCCGACCACUCCUCUACUCGGACUCGAUCCCGCGAGGCCAGCUACCAGAGCUGGCCCGCAUCCCCCGCCGGCAAUGUAUCAAAACACCCAACGACAUGCCUCGUCGGCCGAUCCUUCGAGACCCUUCCAGGUCCCUCCUCCACCGCCGCCCAUGUCGCCGCCCGUGCAAGGCCAGAUGAGCAACAUGAUGUCGAUACCUCCUCCGCCUCCGAGGUUCCCUUCUGCUCCUGGCGCAACAGGAGGCAGCGGGAUGAUGCUCCCACCGCCUCCAGGACCACCGCCUGGAAGCGCAAUGGCCGGCCAGGCACCAUGGCACGGCGCCUUUGGGCGCAUGUACGAUGGCCGCGGCGGCUUCAAUAUGCCACCUCCCCCGCCGGGACAACACCAGGCCUACAACCCAAAGUUACACGCGCAGGUUGCGACGGGAACGACACUAUCAAUACCGCCCCCACCUCCACCGAACGAACAUGUCAUGUCGGCAACCUACAUCCCACAAGGCGACACGUACGGCGAAGGGGUUGGAAUACCUGGUCUGGGCGGCUUUGACGAGAAUGCGACAUUCUCGGCAACCUCCCAGAGCUCAUGGCCUACCAACAGUCAGACUAGCGGCGAUACGGCAAUGACCACGCCGCAAGACGAUGUGUCAGGAGGGAGGGACAGAUUGUACGCUCAAGCCAUGCACAGCCGUGGGAUGUCAACGACCUCGAACGCUACGACGAUCACGUCAAGCAUCCACCCAGAGCUGGCGGCGCAAUGGCCGUUGGAUAAGGUGCUGUUGUGGUUGGCUACAAACCAGUUCUCCAAGGACUGGCAGGAGACUUUCAAGGGACUUAAUCUACAAGGUGCUCACUUCCUUGAGCUCGGCAGUAUGCACGGCGGUCGGGGGAACUUUGGCAUGAUGCACCAGCAAGUGUACCCAAGAUUGGCCGUCGAGUGCACAAACAGCGGGACGGGCUGGGAUCAGCCGCGGGAGCGAGAAGAAGGCAAAAGAAUGCGACGUCUCAUAAGAAGCAUCGUAACCGGCCGGCCGGCUGACCCCUCCAAAGUCUCGUCGCAUGGCCGGAAAGAGUCAAUUAGCCACGGCAAUAACUUACCUAGCGCUGGGACGGAUAUGGCAGAGUCUCCCAACGUGAGUAUGAUUACCCGUGUGGGUGAACACCCAAAGACUGAUGGACGGCAGACGCCUAUCAAAGCGCCGGGGCCUGGUUUUGGCGGCCGUCGAUUUUCGCAAACGAGAUCGACGACCAUGCCGACUCUGAACAGCACCAUGAGUUCAGAUUCAAGUCACAGGAACAUCAUGAAGCAAAUUGAUGUGGACGGAAUCCGACGGCAAAGUCCAAAUGCCAGCGAGUCCGGCGAGGGCACAUUCCGUCCACCCCCCGUACGAACCGACAGCCCAAACGGCAGCCCACAUCCUCAAAGUGCUUCGCUGUUUCCCUCAUCCGCUGGCAACCUGUCAGCUUCUCCUCAUUCAACCAAGUUUGGACACAGGUCGAGGAAUAGCACAGAUUCGGUGUCUUCUAACGCCGCUAUUUACGGGUCAGGUAUCCCACCUGAGGCUACCCAAAUGCUGCGUAGUGGAAUGAACAUCGCAGACAUUAUUCAAGCCACUAGAAACGGCGAGCCUCGGCGGCUCGGACAAGACGGAGGGCGUCCGUCGCCGCAGGAUUCUACCGGCGACCGGUCAGCCGGCACUGAGCCUCCGUCCUCUGCUAAGGAUUCUAAGAGUUUCCUCAGUCUCAGCUUCUUGUCGAGGAAGAACAAGCAAAAGAAAGAAGACGGCUUCCCAAGCCCUGACGACAUGGAAUCGCCAACGUCUCCAGCACUCAGCUUCAAGCCUCAUUCUUUUGGCUCUCGCUUUGGAAACAACAGCGAAACGUCUUUGGACAUUCGACCUGGAUCCAGCUUUGAUGUUCACGAGAAGGAUUCGGCCAAGUCUAGACGUCCUGGCCCUAACAGAGUGUUCGCACUGGCCACCAUGGACGGAUAUAACUAUCGCAUGUGCGACAUCACUGAGGCCGAGUCGGCCAUGGACCUUCGCCUCAUUAUAUGCAGCAAUUUGGGUCUGAUGGAUGCCACGACAUCUCAAAUUUACCUCACCGAGCUUGGCAAAUCCAACCAUGACAACCCCCUGGACGACCAGAAACUUCUCAAUAAUCGCAAGCAUAGGGCUGACGCAACAGGCACCCUCAAGUUCUUUAUUCGUCAAGGCGGACAUGCGUCUCAAGGCUCUAGCCACGCUAAUGGAAACGCAACGCAUACAUCCCUUGACGAGGAGGCAUACAAUCGACUGAGCGGGCUGUCGCGGACAAGAUCCAGCUCUUCUCCCCCGACGUCGAGGCAAAACAGCAUGGCCGGCGAAAGGGUGGAUGACAAGAUGCUUGCCCAAGAGGCAAGCGAGUAUCGUGCCGAGAUGGAGCGUAAGCAGCGCGAGUACCUCGAAAAGAGGCGUAAAGCUGCUGGUUCCGGCAACACGCCAGAGAGUGCUACUACGCCUUAUGGCAUUCACGGCAGGACCGUCGACUUCGAUCAGCCACGUCAAUCGCCGUAUGAGGACAAGAAGCCGGAAGUGCUGUUCCCUGUACGGAAGCCUCCGGCGCCGCCGAGUGACCCGUCAGCUACCUUACUCAAAGCCAACUCAUUGAGUCGGAAGACGGGGCACGCAAUGCGGUCUUCUGCUGAUGGGGCUCCUACGCCGCGACGGCCCUCGACUCUGUUUGAGGACAUGGAGCUCCCCGGCCAGAAUGGAGACCGUAAGAAGAAGACUUCGAGCCAGCCUGGCGCCGGAAUUGGUGCAGCACUCGUUGGCAUGGGCCGAGGCCUUGGGGCAGUUGGUGCUAACGCCAACCGAAGAUCAAAGUCGCCCAACCGAGUGUCAUCGCAACCAGCUCUAGGCAACGAAUACUCAGACCGAGGUAAGGGAGCUAUUUCAUCUGUUGACUUUGCAAAGUCGUUUUCGGGCCGAGACAGCCCUCAAUCAGCGCUGUCGGGCUCGCCCGGCACUCUGACCUGGAGUCGCGGGAACAUGCCCUUCUUUGUGCCGGACUACUCUCCCGAGGGUACUCCGAUUCCGCGGCGGCAAUCUAAGAAAGGAAUGGCAGCUAAAACAAACCAAACAGUACACAGAGUUGCGUCGCGAGAGAUCAGCCCCAGCUCCAUGAACCCCCCACACUUCCCUCCGAGUGCACCACCCCAACCUCACCGUCGCAAGUCUCACGGGCCGGACUUUGAUUUCCUUGAAUCCGAGGUCAGCUUUGAGAAACCUGCUCCGCCACCCGCUCCAGAGCGAGGUGAUGAUUCAGGAGAUGACUCGGAUGAUGGCCUGUUUGCGAUUCCCAUCGCUGCUGCCAAGCCCAAGCCGACAAAGAUCACUCGCAUCUUUGACGGCGACGAUUCGCCGGAUGAAUCGACCGAUAAGCGGCCAAACUUGACGGUGAAUACGUCUAGAUCUAAAGGAAAGCAGCUCUCGGUGUCUUUCACAUCCCCCAAGUCUCUAGGCAGUGCCAGCAACAGAACUCCCGAAGGCGAGGAGGAUGACGCUCUUAUGAGUGCAAGGAGCGGUAAGAGUUCACGCAGAACUCCAAAUACGCCCCAGUCGGAGUCGGAGGAUAGCAAAUUGGGCAGGAGGAAGUCUUUUGUCGAGAAGGAUGUCUGGGCCAACCGUCCAACAACUGACGCCCUUAUCAACAACCUCGACGACUUCUUCCCUAAUUUGGAUCUUGAUAUGCCCGUACUGGAAGAAGGCGAGGCAGAGGCCAACCCUCCCUCCCCAAUUGCCGAGGGAGAGGAGAAGGAAGUUUCAAAGCGUCCCGCGCCACCUCCGUCACCACCGAGUCUUCGUGCGGCCAUUUCCAACAACCGGUCGUUCUAUAAUGACAACGAUACGCUUGGGUCGGAUGAGUCUACUCUUAAGGCACUUGAGCGUCCUGCGUCGGUCGCGUCGGUUGCACAAAGGAGUGUUCGACGCUCGGGCGGUCUGGGCCGGAUGAAGUCCAUUCGUGAGGUUGCCCGCGGCGCUCAUGAAGCUAACAAGCGGUUCACCACGACGACAACCACACAACCUGGCCAGGCUACCCAGAAUACAUCAGUACUUAUGAGGAGAAAGAGCACAAAGAUGUUCAACGCCAACAUUGUGCAAAUUCGGCCUGAUCAGCGAGGCAGUAUGGUCAUGCCGCAGAUUCCCCAGGACACCAUUCCCAAGCGCCAGACCACGUUCCGGUGGUUCAAGGGUCAACUUAUCGGCAAGGGUACAUAUGGUCGUGUCUAUCUUGGUAUGAAUGCCACGACCGGAGAGUUCUUGGCCGUCAAGGAAGUCGAGGUCAACCCCAAAGCUGCGCAGGGCGACAAGGCCAAGAUGCGUGAGCUGGUGGCAGCUCUCGACCAGGAAAUCGAGACCAUGCAGCAUCUCGACCACGUAAACAUUGUGCAAUACCUUGGAUGCGAGCGUAAGGAGACCUCCAUCAGUAUCUUCCUCGAGUAUAUUUCUGGUGGCAGUAUCGGAUCUUGCUUGCGCAAGCACGGCAAGUUUGAGGAGUCUGUCGUCUCAUCCCUCACCCGGCAGAUGCUUUCUGGUCUUGCAUACCUUCACAGGGAAGGUAUCUUGCAUCGCGACCUGAAGGCCGACAACAUCUUGUUAGAUCUCGAUGGUACUUGCAAGAUUUCAGAUUUUGGUAUCUCAAAGAAGACGGACAACAUUUACGGUAACGACAAGUCCAACUCGAUGCAGGGCUCCGUCUUCUGGAUGGCACCGGAAGUUAUCCGCUCUGAGGGCAAGGGCUACAGUGCCAAAGUUGACAUCUGGAGUUUGGGUUGCGUUGUCCUGGAGAUGUUCGCUGGCCGACGGCCCUGGUCCAAGGAGGAGGCUGUGGGAGCCAUCUACAAGAUCGCCAAUGGAGAGACACCGCCUAUCCCCGACGAGGUUCGGGAGACAAUCAGUCCGUUGGCCAUCGCCUUCAUGUUGGACUGUUUCACUGUAAACCCGCUGGAGCGGCCUACAGCAGAUGUCCUACUCUCGCAACAUCCAUUCUGCGAGCUGGACCCUAACUACAACUUCUUCGAUACGGUGUUGUACUCCAAGAUUCGUGGCAAAGACGUCUAG